AUGGAUUAAGAUGGAUUUAAUUUCUAAACCCUAGAAUCUAUAUUAAAUAGAAUUGGGGCUUCAAAUUGUAAUAUUAUUGCAUUAAAAUUAGAUUAACAACUAGCUCUUUUUGAUAAAAAGCUUUUUCUAGACACAUAAACAUCAGAUAUCUUAUAUUAAGAGAAAGAUUAUUUAUAUCAUCUUGUUACAAAGAAAAAGAAUCUAGAAAUCAAUUAAAUCUAGAAUCCUGUAUAACCUAUUUAAUUAGAAUUCACCAAGUUUAAACAAUUAAAUGAAUACUUAAAACCAACUGCUUGGAGUCUAGAAAUAAUUGGACCUUCAUUAAGUUUUAAAUCUCAAAUAUUAAGAGACAUGGCUGAAACUAUGUCUCAAAAUAACAUUCAAAUUCUCUAUAUCAGUAUUCAUGAGGAAUAUUCAAACUCAAAAUUUAAAGUUAUCAAAAUGAAAUAACCAAAAGAAUUAUUUAUUUUACUUUCUAUUCUAGUAGAAAGUCAAGAAUAACGUAUUAAUUCAUUUAUAAUUAAUAGAUUAUAACUUAUUAAUAAUAGAUGGAUUAAGUUCUCUAUUAUAUCAAACAGCAUAAAUGAAUGUUAUUGAAAAUUAAUUAUAAGAACUUCAAUAACUUUUAGCUUUAUUAAAAGAAAAAAAAGGUGUUCAAGUAGUAAUCUCAUCAAUUGCAAAAAUGAGAGAAAAUUACACUAGUUAUAAUUAAACUUAAGAUUGUAAUAUAAUAGUUUAAAUAAGUAGAAUUUAUAAGUUAAGAUAAAAUCUUUUAAAAAACUAUAUUAAAUAACCCUUGGUAAUGUAUAUGGUAAUCCUAAUUGAGUAUAUAAAGACUAGUAGAAACUAAAUAGGAUUAUAAUGAAAAUUUGAAUAAAAACACUUUAAAAUUAUAAUAUUUUUGUUUUUAUGAUGGAAUUAUAAAACCUGAGAUUGGUAUUUAGAUAUGA